ACAUUAUUGUAUAAGGUUCGUACCUGAUCAAUAAAUUUGCAGUCACUUGAGAUCUCACUUGUCCCAAUAACAACUCCCUCAAUUUCACACACAGUCGCCGGAGUUCUUCUUUCUCUUACAACACCGACAUGCAGCUUCCGUCGUCGGCCACCGUGGCUGCGGUGGUUCUCUCCGUAGUAGUCCUUUUUAUUCGUGCCACUGAAGCUCACAACAUUACUCACAUUCUAGCCAACCAUAAACAGUUCUCCACUUUCAACCAUUACUUAACAACUACACACCUCGCCGCUGAAAUUAAUCGCCGGCAAACCAUCACUGUUUGUGUUGUAGAUAAUGCCGGAAUGUCAGAUCUACUCUCCAAACAACUAUCUAUCUACACUAUAAAAAACGUUCUCUCUUUUCACGUGCUUCUCGAUUACUUCGACGCUAAAAAGCUUCACCAGAUUACUAACGGCACCGCACUUGCCGCCACAAUGUUUCAAGCUACCGGCUCAGCUACCGGAUCUUCUGGAUUCGUAAACAUUACUGAUCUAAAAGGAGGUAAAGUCGGGCUCAGUCCGGCUGAUUACAACGGUCCUCCUCCGGCUAAAUUUGUAAAAUCAAUCGCCGAGAUUCCUUACAACAUCUCCGUUAUUCAAAUAAGUACGAUUUUACCCUCAGACGAAGCUGAAGCUCCGACUCCAGGACCAAGCCAAAUGAAUCUCACUUCUCUAAUGUCAGCUAAAGGCUGCAAAGUUUUCGCCGAGACUCUUUUAGCUUCUCCGGCUGAAAAGACGUUUGAGGAUAACGUUGAUGGCGGAGUAACAAUAUUUUGUCCACGAGAUGAUGCAAUGAAGAAAUUUUUGCCUAAAUUUAAGAACUUAACAGCGGAAGGGAAGCAAUCACUGCUCGAAUAUCAUGGAAUUCCUAUAUACCAAUCGAUUUCGAAUUUGAAAUCGAAUAACGGAGAUAUGAGCACUUUAGCUACUGACGGAGCUAAGAAGUACGCUGUAGUCAUUCAAAAUGACGGUGAAGAUGUUACUAUAAAAACGAAAAUUGUGACGGCGAAGAUCACGGCGACUGUGGUUGAUAAACUGCCAUUAGCGAUUUACUCGCUUGAUAAGGUGUUAUUACCCGAGGAAUUAUUCAAGGCUAGUCCUACUCCGGCGCCGGCGCCGGCACCGGAGGCACGUGCUGAAUCUCCUAAGCACUCCAAGUCACCACCGGCACCUGCAUCUCCGGCUGAGUCUCCAGCGGAUUCUCCGGCGGAUGGUCCCAACGGUGAUGCUGAUGAUUUGACAGAUAGCGGUGCUGUUAAGUACAAUGCCGGAGCAUCACUUGCCGCCGUUUUCAGUUUAUGGUUUGCCUUCAACGUGUUGAUGUAAGUUUGAAAAAGAAUUGUUAAUUUGGUCAUCAAAUUAAAGUUAGUUACUGUAUUGUUAGUCUAUUUCUACACUCCCUAUUAAGCUUUUGUCUCAGUUUUUAGAUUUACUUCUUUGAUUCUCUUUCUUAAGUUGAUUUGGAAUUUUGAUUAAUGUAAUAUGAAUCAUUAUUGACGAUUCAACCAUUAAUUAUUAUAUGAAAAAUUAUGCGAUUAAGUAAA